AUGGCAUCACCAGCGCAAACAAGUCAGCGCCCCAAGGUCCAGCCUUGUCGGUACAAGACUGGCAAGACGCUAGGCGCCGGGUCGUAUUCUGUGGUUAAAGAAUGCGUGCACAUCGAUACAGGCCGCUACUAUGCGGCGAAGGUGAUCAAUAAACGCUUGAUGGCUGGGCGCGAGCACAUGGUAAUUAUUUCUGAACUAGUUCGGAAUGAGAUCGCAGUGCUAAAGAGAGUAUCGAUGGGUCACCAGAACAUACUGACCCUGGUCGACUAUUUUGAGACCAUGAACAAUCUUUACCUGGUCACUGACCUUGCGCUCGGUGGAGAGCUCUUCGACCGUAUCUGCCGGAAAGGGAGCUACUACGAAUCCGACGCAGCGGAUCUCAUCCGUGCGAUCUUGUCUGCGGUUGCGUAUCUACACGAUCAUGGCAUCGUGCAUCGCGAUCUCAAGCCAGAAAACCUCCUGUUCCGGACUCCCGAGGACAACGCGGAUCUGUUAAUCGCAGACUUUGGCCUGUCUCGGAUCAUGGACGAGGAGCAGUUCCACGUGCUCACCACGACAUGUGGUACGCCUGGGUACAUGGCACCCGAGAUCUUCAAGAAAAGCGGCCAUGGAAAACCAGUAGAUAUCUGGGCCAUUGGUGUCAUCACCUACUUCUUACUCUGCGGCUAUACCCCCUUCGACCGCGACUCCAACCUGGAAGAGAUGCAGGCCAUCCUUGCAGCCGACUAUUCCUUCACGCCCCUUGCAUACUGGCGCGGCGUCUCUCCCGAGGCGCGCGAUUUCAUCAAACGCUGCCUAACCAUCGACCCCGCCGCGCGAAUGACGGCCCACGCCGCCCUGCAACAUACCUGGGUCAACCCGCCCUACGACACCGACGUCGACAAGUUCGGCUCGGGCGAGGAUCUCCUGCCGACGGUGAAGAAGAACUUCAACGCACGACGCACCCUUCACAAGGCCAUCGACACGGUGCGGGCCAUUAACAAGCUCCGCGAGGGAGGGGGGCUCAUGAUGGACGGCGUGAUGAGCGUCGACCCCAAGCCCGAACGCGUCGUUGGGAACGACGUCUACGAGGAACACCAGUAUCCUCCCCAGCACCAGGGAGACCGUGCCGAUUACGACGGGGACAUGGAAAUCGACGGACGGGGCAAUGCCCGCGGGCAGACGGAGGAGCAGAUUCGGGCCCAAGAACGUAAGGUCAAGGAGACGGUGGCGGGGUUGUGGAGCAAAUCUGCGAAGAGAUAA